AGUCUUCAACUGAUAGUAGUGCACACGGUAGUAAUAAACAUGUCAAGUGUGCACGACGAACACGCGACGUCGCAAAACUCUAGCUAUCAGCGAGAUAUUCGAUAUAUCUUUAAGCUGAACAGUUGGAUCCUAGGUUCACUCGGCAUCUGGCCAAUUGCAAUCAGAGGAAUCGGGCAACACGCAUCUAAAAUCGUGAUAGUAAUCUUCAAUCUAGCAUUAAGCUUCGCGAUAGUGCCUUGCGCUCUACAUAUCAUCUACGACGAGAAGGACAUCACCAUGAGACUGAAGCUGUGCGGUCUUUUAGUCUUCUGCCUCACCGCAAUGACGAAGUAUUGCAUCCUCGCGAUACGUCGUCCUAAAAUACUGCGCUGCAUCGAAUACGUAAAAAGUGAUUGGUGGCAGGUGACAUUUAGGACUGAUCGUGAACUGAUGCUAAAGUACGCUACCACCGGUCGCAAUUUAACGAUAAUCGGCGUGUCUUUCAUGUACAUCGCCGGCAUCGUUUAUCAUAUGAUUCUGCCGUUUUGUUCGGAACAUAAAAUAAACAAUCAAACCAUCAGACCACUCGUGUAUCCGGUUUAUAGUAAAUUUUAUCAGUCUCAAAUUAGCCCAAUAUACGAACUCGUAUACGUAGCGCAUUGCAUGUGUGGAUACACUAUAUGUUCGGUAACAGCCGGUGCGUGCGGAUUAGCCGCUCUGUUCACUACUCACGCCUGCGGCCAGAUCCAAAUGAUCAUAGCACAAUUGGAAAAUCUCUUAGACGGUGACAAGUUCGAGCAAACCCUCAACGUUCAACAACGAAUCGCUGCCAUUGUGAAGGGCCACGUUCGAGUAAUAAGAUUUGCGGCCGUUAUCGAAGAAGUUUUACAAGAAGUGUGUUUAGUGGAGUUCGCUAGUUCUGUCUGCACUAUAUGUUUGCUCGAAUACUACUGUAUAGUGGAUUGGCAAGCGGAUGAUAGAAUUGGUUUAACGACUUAUUUCAUGCUGUUUGUUUCGUUUUGUUUUAAUAUAUACAUAUUAUGCUAUAUUGGCGAGCUUCUUAUGGAAAAGAGCAGUCAAAUUGGAUCGAUAUGCUAUAUGAUUAAUUGGUAUGAAUUGUCACCAAAAUCAGCUCGCAGUUUUAUAUUGAUACUUGCCAUGUCUGGCCAUCCUAUAAAAAUCACUGCUGGUAGAAUGGCAGAUCUGUCACUGACAACUUUUGGAAAUGUACUAAAGACUAGCUUGGCAUAUCUGAGCUUCCUACGAACAUUAGUAAUGUAAAUAUAAUUCGAAUUAUGUGACAUAUAAAAAAUUAUUUUGAAUUCAA